CGCGCUCUGGCGACCAGGACGGGGACUGUGUAGUGCGCGUUCAUGAGUGUCCGCGCCGCCGCUGCGUCGUGCCGUCUGUGUCUGUGUGUGUGAAGGGGGGGAGAUGGACCGCGGGCGCUUGCCCCAUUAAUACACCCAACAUACCGAGGAGCGGAGUGCGCUGCCAUUGUCCUCUUAUUAGGUAGUGAUAAAGCGGGGUCCCUCCCCCCGCAGUGCCCGAGCCGCGCCCGCUCACCCACCGGGGGUCACUUGUCAGCCGCACUCUCCUCGCCUCCACACCCCACUCACACACAGCAUUGAUGGUAAUGUAUGCAAGGAAACAACCGAGACUCAGUGAUGGCUGUCACGACCGAAGGGACUCCCAACCCUACCAGACACUCAAAUAUUCAUCAAAGGGACACCCAAGCAGUGGUGAACACCGUCAUGACAAAAUGCGUGACUCUACAGAUCCAUCUCCCCCAAACAAGAUGCGAAGAUCAGACAGCCCUGAAAAAUAUGCUGACAGUGCUGGACAUGGGAAGGCCAAGAGUAUGCACGUUCACAGGGUCCGAGAGAGAGAUGGAGGGACCAGUUUUUCUCCACAAGAAAAUUCCCAUAACCACAGUGCUCUUCAUAGCUCAAAUUCACAUUCUUCUACUCCAAGCAAGACAUCUGAUUCUGCUUAUGAACCAGCAGAUGAUUGGUCAGAGCAUAUCAGUUCCUCGGGCAAAAAAUACUAUUAUAACUGCAGAACAGAAGUGUCCCAGUGGGAGAAACCGAAGGAGUGGCUGGAAAGGGAACAACGCCAGAAGGAGUCCAGUAAAGUGGCAGUUAAUAGUUUCCCCAAAGACCGAGACUACAGAAGAGAAGCAAUGCAAGCCACAGCUACGGUGGAUGAGAAACAUUCCGGUGACGCCAGCGGCAUGCUUCCACAGAACAUUUUGUCUCAGACAAGCCGGCACAAUGACAGAGACUACAGACUGCCCAGAACAGAGACUCACAGCAGUGCAGCCUCAGUGCAGCACUCUAUUAAACCUGUGGUUCAUUCAUCUGCUGCCUCAAGCAGUGUUUCCUCUAGUACUUUUACAGUACAGCCUGAUCACCCUCCUCCAAAGAAGUCAUUUGAUGCAAAUGGAGCACCAACAUUGACAAAACUGCCUAUCCCCACAUCUUCCACCCCAGCACAGAAAUCUGACAGAAAAGACUCUGUAUCUGAUAAAACAUCCUGUACCACCCCUUCCACAUCAUCUGCUCCUGGACUAAACCCUUCUGCUGCUCCCCCAUCCUCUUCUACAGUCCCUGUGUCACCGGUGCCACAAUCACCGAUUCCUCCGAUACUGCCCGACCCAAACCUCCUGCGGCAGCUGCUCCCUGCCUUGCAAGCCACUCUACAACUUAAUAAUUCUAAUGUGGAUAUAUCCAAAAUUAAUGAAGUUCUUACAGCUGCUGUGACACAAGCCUCUUUACAGUCAAUACUUCACAAGAUCAUCACCGCUGGGCCCUCUGCUUUCAACAUCACUUCUCUAAUAUCCCAAGUUGCACAGCUGUCAGCACAAG